UUUUUUUCUCACCUUUUCAUUUAUCAUUAUCUUUUUAUGCUUCAACCCAUUCGAAAAUUUUCAACAUCUUCAGUUCAAAGGCAACUUUUCGCGGUAAUUGCUCGAGACCAUCCUGGUGAAGAAGGUUUACAACGUCGUCUUUCUGUUAGAAAUGAACACAUAGGAAAAGCCAAAGAAGCACAUGAACAUGGUACUCUCAAAAUGGGUGGUGCUUUAUUGGAUUCUCACGAGAAUGGCAAAAUGCUUGGUAGCUUGCUGGUUAUAGAAGCUGAUUCUCUUGAGAAGGCAAAAGCUUUUGUAGAAAGUGAUAUUUACGUUCGUGGUAAUGUUUGGAAAUCGUGGGAAAUUGUUCCUUACAAAGGAGCUUUUGGUGUCAAAUGAAUUUUUAUUAUUAUUAGUAUUUUUCUGAUUUGACAAUAAAGCAUUCUUACUUGUCCGUUUUUACUCUAUCUUCCUUCUCUCCUUCACCAUGUCUCUAUCGAAUUGGAUGAUCAACAAGCAUUUUCACUUUAUUCAAUAAUAAAUGAG